AUGUUUAGCGUCAAAAACAGUCUACAGUUUAAUUCAUCUAAAUGUGAAAUCCUCACAGUUACAAGAAAGAAAAAUCCCAGUACAUUUCCAUACAACCUGGCUGGUAAUGAUCUUGUUCGUUGUGAUGAAGUAAGAGAUUUGGGGAUAACAAUAACAUAUAAUCUUAAGUGGGAUUCUCAUGUCACACAAAUUCGAUCUACUGCAAACAAAUGUCUGGGUCUCCUGAAACGGACUUGUUAUGAUUUACCUGAUACACGAGCUAGGAGAGCUUUGUAUCUAUCCCUAGUUAAAUCGCAACUAAGUUACGGUUCUCAAGUAUGGUCCCCUGAAUCUGCUACUUUGAAGAAAAGAAUUGAAGGCGUGCAACGACGUGCUUCGUUGUGGAUUUUAAGACUUAAACGAGGGGCUUAG